GGUAUAAUUCUAGGAAAUCGGCAAUACCUUCAGUGCUCAGCAGUCUGUCAAAUCGAAAAGUUGACUCUUUGCUUCUCUUGUAUAAUUUCUAUAUGCUGUUGAUUCUCUGAUUACUCACGCAAAAGAAAAUCAGAUAGCCGAAAUGCCAAACAUAUUUCAAGAUAGCUCAUUCGAAGAGGUUGUAAACUACGGAGCCUUUGGAACGGCCGUUAGAUUCAAAUGGAAUGUGAAGCCUUUAAAUUCGGUCGCACUUGUACAUAACGCAUUUGAUAUUAAUAUAAGUGAUACAGAAUUGCUGCUUAGUCUCAAUCAUACGAAUGUUGUCCAAUAUGCUAAAAUUGGCCAUGAUCACCUACUACUGGAAUAUGCGGACUGUGGAUCACUGCAGCAACUGCUGCAUGGCGACGAGCAAAGGGAAUAUUCAUUACGUAAUGCCCUCGAUUGGAUGCAUCAGGCAGCAAAGGGUUUUAGGUACCUGCAUCUAUGGAUUCAUCCCACAUCGACAAAUUAUAAUUUGACGCCUAAUUUUUUUAUGUUAACGAAUAACUAUCGCCACUUAAAGAUCCUUGUACUACCCAGUAAAUGUAAGAAAAAUUCACCGUUGGCAACUAACCGUAGAUAUCAAAGAAUAGAUUAUACAGGCAGCACUGAUAUAUGCAAUAUAGGUAUCACCCUUUGGGAAUUAUUAACGCGUAAAAAGCCCUUUUACCACACUGAUUACACAACGGAUGAAAUAUUUGAGGCGGUGUUGAAAGGAGAACGCCCGAAAAUAAACAAUAUAAAAAUAUCAAUCACCGACGACUUAAAGACAUUGAUUCAACACUGUUGGGACUCAAAUCCAUAUAAGAGACCCUUUAUUCAAGAGGUCAUACAUACGCUGAAUUACAUCCUCACACAAGAGGAUUAUACAGGCCUUGAUCAACUAUUAAAGGCUAAUAUCGGAGCAAUUGUAGACUUUGAGGAUAUCAAGAUCUGCAAGAAAAUCAGAGAAGAUACCUUUGGUGUUUCCUACAAAGCUAUGUGGUUUGGUAAGGAGAAAACUGUCAGAAAAUUCAAGGACAUCACCGAUCAAUGGCUUCAAAAUCAAUCAUUUGUACAGGAAAUAAGAAGGAAUAUUGAGCUAAAUAAUAAAUACUUAGUACAUAUUUAUGGCGUCUCAAUAGGUAGCGAGUCAGUAUAUUUAAUAUCAGAUUACUCAGAUUGUGGAACUUUGCUCGAUUAUUUGCAUGGUGAAGAUCAGAGGAAAUAUUCGGUAACUCGUGCGAUUAAUUGGAUUACAGAUGCUGCCGAGUGAUUACUGUUGUCCUCUCGA